AUGCCUUCUCUUCAAGUUUUCUACCAGCCCAGGGCUGUUAUGCGUUUCCUGAUUGUGUGCUUAAUUCUGGAGACUGCCCAUGGCCAGAUCACUUGGCGUAAUCUACUUUCACUAAACAUGAAAAUUUCUCCAAUGAAAAAUGCAAAUCAAUUUGAAGUGAAACUCACAAUUACAAACAAUGAAAAUAAAUGUAUGGCGGUAAGAGCCAGUACUAAGGACAAUUCAUACAUCACGUACCUUAGUACUCAUGCAACAUACACGGCUUGCAUAUGUGCCACAGACGACUUCUUCUGGAAAAUCCAAGUCUCUGCAAAUGCUGUCAUACAAGGGAAGGCAGAAGUUGUGCCAGCUAAGGGCAUAUGUCCUGACCUGGAGAAUGUAUUCCCAACAACUGGAUACAAAGGGACUAUUACACAUGAAAUCAUUUUAACACCAUAA